ACUCGUGAAAAAGAAGUAUUUUGGGAGACGAAGAGGCGUCGAUUCGCGGCUUCUUCUUCAGCUUAAUAAUCCUUCCACAGUCGCCGCCGAUUUGAUCUUCUGCGUCACGCUACAUAGAUUUCUGAGGGAUACAAAUGGCUCCUAGAGGAAGAAGAAAGAAGGCUGGAUUGAUGCGAGAGGAUGCAGCACGAGAUCGCAUGAGAGAUCUUGGGUUUCAUGAGCGUGUCAUCAAUGAGAGUAUUAAGGAAGUGCUAGAGGUCUAUGGUGAAGACCAUUGGUUUUUGAUUGAAGAUGAGAGCUAUGGUCCCCUCCUUUCUAUUUGCUUUGAAAAGCAAGAGGAAAUAAACCAACAACUGGCUGAGGUUCCCGCCAACCAAAUGCCUGAGAAUCAAAAUGAAGAGAUGGCUGAGGAUCAGAACCAAGAAAUAGCUGAAGAAGAACAACCCGAACAAUUGGCUGAGGUACAAGCCAACCAGUUGCCUGAGAAUCAAAAUGAAGAGAUGGCUGAGGAUAAGAACCAAGAAAUAGCUGGGGAAGAACAACCCAACCAAUUGGUUGAAGAACAAGAAGAAGAAAAGGAGCAGGACAUGCAUGUUGUUGAGUAUGGAAAAGACCAAGCUGAUGAGUUAUCAAUCACUAGAGAAGCAGUCAUGGACCCAUCACCAGCAGCUUUUCAAUUGGGAGAAGCAUCAGCAGAUUAUGCACCAAAUUCUGUUAGAGGUUUCGAGAAUCUUCACUGUGGAUGGCUAAGUGAGGAGGAGGAGACAGAUCCUGAGGAGGAGGAGACAGAUCCUGAGGAGGAGGAGACUGAUCCUGAGGAGAUGGAGACUGAUCCAAAGGAGAAGGACACUGACCCCAAGGAGGAUAGUGAUGGUGAUGAUUAUGAGAUAAUUCAGCUAACUCCAGAACCUCUUUGUGAAGAACUUGAAGAGCUUCUCAGGCAAGUACGUGGACAGAAGAGGAGGAAGAAAGAAACGAGGUGGGACAAGUAAAGGAGUCGAGCUCCUGUAAGUAGAAUUGAUUUAUAUAUAUGUUAGCAAGCUAAGAGGUAGUAAGCAUUAGUUUUGGGGGGUAUAAAGGUUGAAAGGACCCAUCUUGACAUCUCUCAGGCUGUGUGGGUCUUCUUAUUGGCUUAAAUUAGUUUUUAACAUAAAUAAUUUGAUGAAGUAGAAAAAAUAAAUUCUGAAAGUGGGUUUAAUUGCAGUCAUUUAUUCUCUA